CCGCUAGGCAGAACUGGUCUAUACCACACCCAGUCUACAUCGCGACAGCCGGCUCCUGGUACGACCGUAGCAAGCGCACGCAAUGGACGCCGCUCGGCGAUUCUUCUAUGGACCUUCACCCGAGGAGCAGAAACGAAAAUGCAACUCCCUUCUCCGCUCCAACACGCGUAAGCUUGAUCGCGAUCUGCAAAACCUGAAAGCCCUCGAAUCGAAGACCAAGUCCCUUAUCCUCCAAGCCUCGAAACGCGCCCAAAAGAACCCCUCACAAGCGAAGCAAGCCUCCGCAGAAACACGAAUAUUCGCCCGAGAACUGAUUCGAGUGCGGCGACAAACACAGCGACUAGCGACGAGUAAAGCUACAUUGCAAAGCGUCGGCAUGCAAGUCAACGAGGCCUUUGCAAUGAAGAAGAUUGAAGGAGGCAUCAGGAAUAGUGUGGGAAUCAUGAAGGAUGUCAAUAUGCUGGUGAAACUGCCUGAGUUGACAGGAACCAUGAGAGAAUUAUCACAAGAGCUUGUUAAGGCCGGAAUCAUCGAAGAAAUGGUAGGCGACUCGUUACCUGACCAAGAGUUGCUGGAAGGGGAGGAUGAAGAGGCCGAGGCCGAGGUUGACAAGAUAUUGGGAGAGGUGCUCAAGGAUAAGACUGCUGCUCCUCAAUUGCCGAGUGAGCCGCUGGGACCUGUGGAAGCGCAACCCGAGGAAGACGAUUUCGAGUCAGAAGAGACAUUGGCGCAGAUGAGAAACAGACUGGAGGCGCUGAAGAGUUGACUUGUCAAUGGAAGACGAACGCAAACUGUGAUGGCUCCAACAUGGCCUUUGAACUUCUCAACACAUGAUACAUGAAAUGCUGCUUUCGUCAUGCGCUUCGAUUACUACGUGCUCUUGAAGAGCAAUGUGCAGGCCACACCUCCGAGGUAGGACAUAGUCAAGGUGUCCGUGUCUGCUGACGACAGUACAGAGACACCUCAGGCAUGGUUGGCGGCGCUGUGAGUCUCGGCCCAGGAUGUGGCUCGGCGGGUCCCGAAUCUCUGAAACAGCCGUGGCCUUGAAUUGAAUACUGAGCGCACAUGAUGAUCACAACGCUGCCCAUUUCACAGCAGCUAGCAAUUUAGGCCGGGUCAGGACAUCACAGCACGGUACCCGUCGAAAGUUCUGCGCACUGAUCAGCCGCGAAAGGCCAGCCAGAUCUCUACUCCUAAAGGUCCACGGUAUCGCAAUGCGGAGUCUGCCAACCAUACCACCGGAUCCGACUGCGGAUGCCUCUCUUCUAUGGGUUCGGAAGUCGAUCGUCUCCGCCACCUGUCCUGCGCGGCUACGACAUGGCAUGUAUGGCCAGCCUCCCUCCCCUGUCCGACCUUUGCUGGCAGCAGGCGACCAGAUCCAUCUCUAUCUCUAUCAAUAUCUGAUUAAUCUUUCAAUCAAAGUGAACAUUCCUUCAUUUUAUUAUUUCCGCGAGCCUGCGACCCUCGCCUAGGCGUCAUGGUGACUUAACACGACACGAACUGGACUAGACGUGGAGGACUGCCGUUUAUAGUUGCGCAGUGGAGCUGCGAAGAACUUUAGAAAAGUGUUAUCGCAUGCAAAUGCUAUGCUGGUUGUAGGGCCUCGGCUGCGCAUGAUCACAAGGUUGAUAUCGUGCGGUCCUGCGCUUCGGGGAAAAGAAGAAGUCGCACUUAUUGGCUGUAGUGGCCAGUCUACUCUCAAGGAUACGACCUCUUCAAGCGGUGAAUGCCAAGAACUCGACACAAAGCCCAUUUAUCGGGUUGUCUCGUUGGCGAUGCUGCCAUUGUCCAGACAUUCUUUGUGCUGUUUACCUCCCUCAGAUGUCUCCUUCGAGCAACAAAAGCUGUUCCAGAAGGAUUGACGUUGAGUACUGUAUCUGGCGGGGAUUUCACAAACAAUCCUCUACUGUGUCGUCGUGUUGGCAAUCGUACGCAAUGACAUGCCCGGCAAUGAGAUACAUACCUUUAGAUACUUGCGUCUUGAUGACAAUAC